CAAUGGUACCGUUUCGACUGAGAAAAGGUCGGAAUGUCUCGGGAUGCGUUUCAACAAGCUCUCGCGUAAUCGUCUGUCGCAGCGGUGCAUUAAACCUGCCUUUUUAACCGUCAACGCGGUAACAUUUGCAUCGUUGGCGUUGUAACAUCAAUAUGGACCCUCACCGAUGAUAAAAUAAUGUCGAGAUUGAUGGGACAGCAUUUUUUCCUGAUUACCAUAUUGUUCACCGGGUUCAUUGGUUUUCUCACGUCCUUGCUAGGGAUUGUUGGACUGGCUCGAAAAAGGCGAAAGCUUUUAAACAUGUAUGCCACGUGUUGCUUACUGUUCCUCUGCAUCAUGUUCGUCAGUGCUAUAAUGAGCUUUUGGAUCUUUGAGCACAUCACGACAAGCAUCCAAAAUGACAUGGUCAGCUCCAUGGAGACUUACCAAUCGCUGUUAUCGAGUAGAGAAGCUUGGGACAACACUCACAGACAUUUGAAGUGUUGUGGAAUUAAGUCUUCGAGCGACUGGGCGAAGUAUCGCAUCGCCGUUCCAAAAAGUUGCUGCGCUACGUCUAUCGAAGAAUUACUGAGCUUCGUCCUGACAAUCUGCAUCCUAAUAGAACUGAAGGAACGUCCACUCAGUCGAUCCGUCACGUAAAAGAGAUCCCGAGGUCGAAGAUGAACGAGGAUCGAGAACGCUUGAAUGAUAGUACUCUCCAAUGAAACGUUUUCCCGUUUUUAUUAUCAUAUAUAGAUCAUAUAUUUUCUGAAAACAUUUAAUAUAUUGUACUUAUGAUAGUAAUAUUGUAAGUUAUUGGACAUGCUGGUUUUGUGUUUCGUGACACAGUGUGUGUGUGUGCCAGACGUGGCAGCGGUUCGUCAAUUGGAAUUUUAUAUCGAUAUCAUAUUUUUUUCUUUUUAUCUCGUUUGCAUUUUUCUUUUUGUCAAACUUGUUUGCCUCUGCGACGAUCAUCGUUCGUCGCGAGUACCAGGGGGCCAGAGUGGGGGAGGGAAAUACAUUUAUAAAAAUUAUCUGUGACCAUCAUCGCUUUCAUCCUCGAUAGGGGGUUCCCGAAUGAGUGAGAUUCACGGAAUCGAUAUAGAGGGAUUCGGAAGGGGGAGCAGAGUCCUGACAAAACGGAGUGCGGUCUCCCAAUUGUCGUUCGAAUGCUAGACGAAAUAUUGACACUGCAAUAGUUCGUCGAACGCGUUACAGAUCUGUCUUUAUCUCUCCCAUCGUCGCUCGGAUAAGCUUGGUACCUGUGCUUGCACCUGCUCCGUCCACGGAUUUCUUGGUAACCGAGUCGCUCCCUUCGUUUACCUUGUGUAUAUAUACGUAUUGAUCUGUGUGUCAAGGUACGUAACCGUAUGUGUGUGUAUGUGUGUGUUUGUUUUUGUUUGUUUCGAGUAUGUUUAUCGCAUGUACAGAAAGACACAAUCAUAGAGGACAGGGCUGGGCGCAGUCUCAGGCAGGUUCCAUCCAAUUACAGAUAUAUUAUAUCAUAGCAAACAUCGUGACUAUUUACAAUAAAUACAGUCGAUUAGAUUAUAUAAAUAAAAUAUAUCGUAUCGUUAGUUUAGGUUUACAGCAACACGUGACAGUAAACAAUUAGAUCAGCGGCAAAGUAGCGUUAAUCUACUUAAAGGGUAGUGGUCGUAGUAGCUGCAGCAUGACUUGACUCUUCUGCAUUCACUCGCUCUCUCUCGCUCUCACUCUCACAUUUUCUUUCUUCAAUUAUUUUUUUUUCUUUUUAAUCUCUCUCUCUCUCUCUCUCUCUCUCUCUCUCUCUCUCUCUCUCUCGUGUGCCGUUCCUGAUCUCGACAAGGUUCGCUUCGCGAGAAUCGAUCAUCAUACAUCCACGUGGUCCGACGGAUUCAGCUAGCUUCCGGCCAUGGAUCUCGGUUAAUUUUCCUCAUUUUCGCAUUUCACGAUCCGCGUAUAGUUAUUAAUUAAUACAAUCGUAAUAAUCAAUAAUAAUAAUAAUCGUUCGAUCUGCUCCGUCGAGCAAGUUCUACCCCGUUAAUUCCAGAAUUAUUUAUAUUUAUGUAUUUAUACGUAUAUAUAUAUAUAUAUUUAUUUAUAUUCAUAUUUAUAUUCGUAUUUAUAUUAAACGUGUUCAAUCCUCCAGAGAAAACGCGUAGAAAGUUUCAUUUUCUUUUUCCCCCUUGUUUAUUUUUUUUCCCCGCGAAACAAAGACGAAACUUCACGGAAGUGAAGAGAGCGAAUGCGUCGUUUGCUUCUUCUUAUUCGACCGUUCACUUUCUCUCUGGCACGAUCGAAACUGCGAAGAACGAGCUGAAGAACCGUUCUUGCGACCCUGCACGUUUGGGAAUCCAUCGUACGUUUAACCCACCCCCUUUCUCUCUCUCUCUCUCUCUCUCUCUCUCUCUCUCUCUCUCUCUCUCUCGCUCUCUCUCUCUCUCGGUUUAUCUCUCACUCUCUCGCAAUUUUCAAUAAUUUGACACUCGAUACUUUUUACUUCUCGCUUUGAAAAAUAGUCGAUUCUUCGAACGCCAUUGUCGAUUCAAUGGUAAUUAUAUACGGUUGCAGAUAUACGAAUAAACAGGGAGGGCUUGGAGCAGAAGGGCUCUGGGUGGAGUUGGAGGAGGGGUCAGUGUGAGUGUUUAGAGCAGCGAUUCUUAACCACUGUGAAUUCUUUUAUAGUUCUCGAUCUGUUAUUGGAAUUUGCCGAAGGAAACGAUAUAGUUUGAAAUACAGA